CGGUACUUCAUUUUGGAUCAACAUCAGGUGCAAGCGAGACAGAGCGUGAGAGUCGAUGCGAAUUAAAACUCGUUCGGUUGUUUGCUGUGCUUUUAAUUUUCCCCCAUUUUUCACGUACCAAAAAUUGUUGCGCUCUUCGUAAGCAUGUCCGGUCCGGAUGGUAGCUGGUGAUGCGAAAUUGAUAUCCGCUCAAGCGAACGCGUACGGAAAAACAGGUGCUGCUGCCCGAGUGAUAAGCACCGGCGUAAAAGAGAGAUGUACUGAGACGAAUCGUGCACUUCAAUCACACAUUCCAGCUGAGAAACGUAAGCGCUUCUUGGUCAGAUAGCGGUCCGAGCGAUACGCACUGUUUCGCGGCUUCAUCCGGGACACAGGAUACGUUCCGGGCAACAUAUCAACCAACCGGGGGCUGGCUGGUUCCUUGCGCGAGAUUACUUCGCAGUACCGCAGCAGUUCAGUAGCUGAAGGUGUGAAGGAUGAAAAAUGCGACCGAAGUCGUGCCUGCUAGCGCUACGUCCGGUUCGUCACGAAACAUCACCAAUAAACGGCAGCAGCAGCUGUACAGUCCCGGCAGUGGACCGCUACGCAAAACGGAACCAACUGCUAGCAACCGAUCGCACAAUCACGACCAACCGGAAGAUCCAUCCGUGUCCGGCCGCUGGAUGCCGAUGGAAGGGCCGGAUGCUGUAACGAGCGGUUCAAACCGUGGCAGGUCGUCCGGUGAGCUUGACGCAAGCGUACCCACCGGUAGACCGCCCGGAAGCGUUAACUGGCGCUUGGAAGGACCGCCCGUUCACGCCAACAAUCCUCCACCACGGGAGGAAAUGAAUCCGAGAGGCUUUUCCGCUAGCAACGCACCACCGGCCAACAAUCGUGCCGACCGGAUGCAACGUGAUUCACGUAGCGUCGAGCCUCGGUUUGCCGGUGGGUCGAAAAAACCUUCCAUACCGUCGCUGUCCCACUUGGAGAAUCUGGCACCCCGGCUGCAGAAGAAAACGCUGCAAGAUCUUGGCCUGCCGCAGAACUAUCUCGAGCUGAAGCGUGCCGAGUACCAGGCGAUGUCGCAAACCUUGCCGAAUCGGAACAGCUCGCGACAAAAUCGGGGCCGCGUUCGGUAUUCGGGCGGUGGUCCGGCCGGUGGAAACAGUGGCUCGUACUCCAACACGUACAGCGCUGGACGGCCGAUUGGUGGCGGUGGUGGCGGACGGCACAUGAACGAUGAAUACUAUCCCCGGCCCAGAAGUCGUUCGUCCGAGGUUGAUACCGGACCGGAGGGAGGAUACGCCCCGCGAAGGUCCGGUCCGAGCAAUAGGGACCGACGGAUGGACACUGGUCCGAGCAGCCGGAAUUCAAGCUGUGACCGUAAAGAUCGCUCGCGAGGUACACCGACGGGAUACGCCGGUGAGCUAAACCGAGUUGGACCGCGAUACAGACAGUACUCGACUGAUAGGCUAAGCACCGAGGAGUUGAGCGUUGCGGGCAGCGAUUCCGUACCACUGGCAAAGUCGUCCAGACAAAAGGAUUCAUAUGAAUGGACUGGUGAUGAGGGAUUGGAUUGGAGCUCGACAGCGGAUUACGGCACGGGCGGUAGACGGUGGCAGGGAAAUGCUGAUAUGGAGCAAGUACCGCCACCAUCCGGUAAACCACCGGGGAAUAGCUAUCGUAACAGGCAACGGAAUCGAAGUAAUUCCCGAUCAAGAAAUGAUUAUUACGACGAGUUUAAGGUGCCGUAUCAACCGCAACGCGGCCCGAACCGAAGCCGGCGCAAUUCUCAAUCGUCGAGCGUUAGCCGGGAUAAUAGCUCCGAGCGUGUGUAUUCGCUUGGUACGGGUGGUGGCGGUGGUGGUGGUGGUGGUAACCGGCGAGGACACUAUCGCGAUACUAGCAGCGAUCGCAGCUACGAUACAGGUGGACGCUUUCGCAGACAUUCGUCCCGCGAUCGGUACGCGAACCGUAGCCGGGAUAGCAGCUUGAAGCGCGUCGGCGAAGACCGGCAACGGGAUGAAGGGGACAACAGCUGGCGUUGCGUGCCCGUAAACGGUACCGCACCUUCGAUCGAGCAAACGGAUCAGGCGAUUGCGGAAAUGACCAAACAGUUCGAAAGCUCGAUCGGCAUGCAGAAGGCGCCCGGCGUGUUGGUCAUCCCGACGCGACUACCACCGGAACGGGGCGAUUCCGUCGUUCCGGAUUGUACCAGCGUCUCGACGAAGCUGCUGUUUGACCCGAAAAACCCCUCACAACCGAUUGUCGUGACGCGCACGGUGGAGAGAGCCCAUCCGCGCGCAAGCUUUGAGCUGCGCGAUGCACCGGGUGUCACCGGUCAGAAGGUGUCGGGUGGUCCGGCCUGGUACGAUCCGGCUGCACCGCAAGCGAAGCUACUGCGCCACAAGGAGCUCGUGUAUCGGGUGGCGGAAGCGGACGGUCAGCUGCAGGAGCUGCUGGCCGGUGGCAACCUGUUCCACCAGUGGGACGGGUACGUGGCGAUACGGCACCGGUUGCAGCAGCUGCUCGAAACGUUUCUGGUGCGGGAAAUGCGAUUCGCGCAGGAUGUUAACUUGGAGCACCACUUCUGGAAGCUACUGUUUUACGGCAUCAUCGAGCAGCUGCGCAAGCGGUUGAGCGAAACGCAAGACGAGCAGCGGAAACGCUUCCUGCAGGAACGUGCCCUCGAAGUGGUGGAAGGUGGAUCGAAGUACUACGAGCAGCUGCUGACACUGCUCGAGCAAGAGUAUCGGUUCAGUCUGGAGCAAUUCAUCGGUGCCAACGCAGCGUCCAGCGUGAAAGGGCUCCGGUACGGGUUGGCGCUCGUUUCCGCCCAGAAGCUGUUCCUGUUUUUGGGCGAUCUAGCCCGCUACCGGGAGCAGAUUACGGACGGUCACAACUUCCGCAAAGCGAAGCAGUGGUACGUGAAAGCGCAGCAAAUUCUGCCGAAAAACGGACGGCCGUACAAUCAGCUGGCGUUGCUGUCGGUGUAUGAGAAGCGUAAAAUCGAUGCCGUUUACUUCUACAUGCGCAGCCUGAUGUCUUCAAAUCCGUUCGAAUCGGCGCGCGAGAGUCUAAUGGAUUUGUUCAACGAAACUAAGAAAAAGUACGAAAACAAUCAACGAAAGCGGGAAGAAAAGUUACGCGCCAGACGGAAGGAAAAGGAGCAACGGUUCGAUGGCAAUUUGCGGCAGGAAAUCUGGAUCCAUCCGGACGGUGGUUUGCGCUUGCAUCGUACCGGGCCAAUCUAUCCGAUCGGUCUCGACCGUGCCUGUGAUACGAGCGACGAGGAGGAACUGCACGGUCUCGGUUCGAUCGAGCUGAACAAACGGUUCAUUACCAGCUUUUUGCAUGUGCUUGGCAAAUUGAUUACCAAAACAGGGAUGGAAUCGUUUACACAGUGCGGCUUUCAGAUGUUGCGCGAGUUCCGGGCGUUGAUGCAGUAUUCGCCGAUUGCUGUGACCAGUAACCGACUGCUGCAGCUUAUGUCACUCAACAUGUUUGCGAUCGAGAUGACAAAACUAAAAGAUACGUCCUCCAAGCUAGCGACUCGGUCAGAGCUGCAAGAGUGUGCACUAGCAUCCGGUUUGGUGAUGUUCGGCAUCUUGCUGGAGCGACUAAUACGACUUAUACAGGAAGCACUGGACACAGCCAGAGACAGUACGAAAGGGACUGAAGCUGACGUGAUCAGUACCGAGAGUGAGAUACCGAAACUUGUCCUGCCUGAGGACGCCAAAGUGAUACUACCAGCUAUUAAGGUCUGGUGCGAUUGGAUGAUGUCCAACACGGAAACCUGGAAUCCACCUCCAUGCUGUGCUGAUUUUAAGAUGGGAAAAUCAACUGCCCAUGAUCCGUGGUCCGAACUGGCGGUGCUGAUGAACAUGCUCAAGAGUUUGGAUACGAACCGCGGCAUACUGUCGGUCGAGCAAAAGGAUGGGUACGAAACGGUACGACUUCCAGAGGAUAUUACCCUUGCUGGGUUCACACCACUCAUGUACCACGAACCGGAACCAAUUUUUGUGCAUCCAGAGUGCGACAUGGAAGAGGCACAAAAUGUGCUACGCAUACAGAAGUUACUCUAUUUUGGCACCGAUCGUCUGUGUAACUGUGAUCCACCAGUGCUUCACCGCGGCACACCAGAAAAUGCUGCCCAGUUUUAUAGCGUGGUAGAAAAUCGAAUAGAAGCGCUGGGCGAUAUGGAUAUCCUGAUGGAAAGUUUUAGCGAUGGUGAAGGUGCACCGACACCGGACGAUGAGAACGGUUCGAAGCAGCUUGAUCCAGAAGUACCGGCUGAAGGGUGGGCCUCACCAUCGACUGAUAGUGGCGUUAUAAGUGGUGGCAGCAGCAUUAGUCCGGGUAGCAUCGAAACGCGUAAGCUACUGCGGCUGAAGGACGAGCUCGAGCGUAAGCAACGCAUGCAGGAGAAACAUAACCAGCGAGUGCAGGAUAUACUUUCGCAAAGCACGAUCGCAGUCACCAUCGAAGUUCGGCCCCGGUCUCUAGUUCCGGACACGAACUGCUUCGUCGACUAUCUGCCGGCCAUAGAAAUGAUCGCGAAGGCGCAUCCACUGUACCAGCUAAUGGUACCGAUCAUUGUGAUUAACGAGCUCGAGGGGCUUUCGAAGGGUAUAAGACAUCUGUCACCGAAACAACAGACAUCGGCCGGCAAUGAACUGUUGUCAGCGGCGUCCAAAUCGUACGCCCUACCAACAGCCCCGGCAGCUGUUGCGGAUAUUGGCACGGGACCACAACCGAUCAACAGUGCAUCGCUUCCCGCGCUGCAGCAUGCAGCCAAGGUUGCGGAACUGUCCAAGAAAGCGUUACAUUUCAUCAAGUCACGCAAUCCUGCCCUCAAAUGCGUUACGACGAAAGGAUCCAUACUGAAAACGUCCAACUUUACGGUGGAGGAUGGUGACGGGGAUCUCAAGUCGAACGACGAUCGCAUCCUUGAGACGGCGCUCAAUCUCUGUCGACACAGUGUUAAAGAAAAGCAGGCCGGAACACGCUACUUAACACACGACGUCGUACUGCUAACGACCGACCGUAACCUGCGCGUCAAAGCCAUAUCGAACGACCUGCCCGUCCGGGAGCUGCCCGACUUUAUCAAGUGGGCUGGGCUGAGUGCUUAACGAAUGGUGCCCCGGGUGGGAAUGAGCUGGCUGGUAGCAUUUCGGUAACCGGCAAUCUCUCUCUCACCACACACACACGCUGUACAUCUUACCAAUUCUAGCUAGCGCCGUGUAGUUUAUCUUUUUAAACAAAUUGACAGAUGACGUCCCAAAAGCUGCUGAUCGCAGGUGAGUGUUGGAAGUUUUGCUCACCUAGGGUAACUCAAGGUAGGAGACUGCAUCAAAUGGGCGUUAGGCCGGAUAAGAACUAAGCAUAAGUAUGUUAACCUAACGUUGCGGAAACGUUCUACCGAACCUGCAUAUUGGUCCGAAAUGUUGACCAGCAUGUCUGACCAACCUGUGUAAGGGUGAGGAGAGCGCAUGGAUAGGGCGACACGUAUGUACACCAUACGUUCGAUACCAAUAGAGAUACCAGUAACGGUGUGAGCACUACAUCACAUGUUACUGAUGUGUAAUGACUGAUUCACCUGUUAGUGACGGACUCGAUUAGUUCGUGCUUUGGUUUUUAGAACGAGGAGAGAACAGCAGUGAAUAUUUUAGUUUUUUUUAACAUCUUUUUUUUGUCUGGGAAAACCCUGCAGCAAAAUUCGCGCGAUCAGCAUCAUAGAAGAGAUUUUAACAUAAUAAUGAUUGAUGCGUACGAUUGGCUUCUAACCUUGUGUAAAUCAGGGUUUUUUUCAAAUCUUUUAUUAAAAAUGUACUCAAAAUUCAUAGUAUCGGCCGUUUAUAAUUACUAUAUCACAAGUAAAGGAAUGACAUAUCGACCGACAUUCGCGGUGAUGCCGUUCGCGAUCGAUUCGCAUCUAGACUGAUGUGCUAGAAUAGUUCGUAUUAGUCAUUAUGAUAGCCCGACAGGAUAGAUACGCAGAAAUUACGCGCGAACGGGAAUGGUGUUAAUGUUGCGAGGAGUAAGUUUGUUUCCAAAAUGCAAACCCGCCUCAUUUGUUAGUGGUUACUUAAUCUUAAGCUAGCUUGCAAAGUUGUUGCUAAGGUGCUUUUCAACUGUUACGUUCUUUGGUUCGGUUAAAGUGUAAAUUAGUUGCUUGCUCUGUAGUUUUAACCGUUUACUUGCCUAUCGUACAAGCAGUACAAAACAAACAGCAGCGUUAAUCCCUCUUCUUUUGCAGCAUCUGUGAUGCAGAUGCAGCAGAGGCGUCAUUACGAAAAAUGUAUAAUAAUACUCACUGUAUCACUGCGCAUUGAGACACAAGCGGAUGCUGCUGUAAAGAGGGAUAUAGUUUUUAAUCACCUAAUUAUUUAAAAAAAAAGUUUCGUUUUUUAAAUUCUUUUUAACCCCCUCAAACACUUAUGGAUGUGCUGAUUUCUCGUGAAAAAAAAUCUCCCAAACGUCAUCUUUUUAAUCCUGUUUUUUUUUCUUGCGCGGUAUUUCAACGCCUUAUCUUAUCCUCUUUAUCCGUGAUGGUGCUCUAGAGUUAGCAAAAGACAGUUAACACAUUAAAAUUAUUAUCUAACCCGCGCCACCGACGAGGGUUUCAUUCGUUACUUAAUUAAACACUCACCGACGAUGAUUGAUGAUGAUGGAUGAGCUCAUGCGCUCCAGACAAAAAUGUGCGGUCCUGAUGCAGCGAAUCGAUUCGAAAGUAAUUUUUUUUUUGCUUAGAAUAAAAUAAGUAUAGUAUAAUUUUAAAA